AUGAAAGCGGAGGAAAGGACUUCCGCCCUUCAAAAAAUAUUACCAAAUAUAGGGGGCCCCGCUAGUCAAAGGAGGAGGGUGCUGCUGGAAAUAAUCCACUCCAUCCUCCUCUACGGGGCACCAAUAUGGGCGGAAGUUAUGCAAAUCAAAAAAUACAGAAGCAAAUACACGUCGACACGGCGAAAACCGCUGCUUCGGGUCUGUACCGCGUACAGAACAGUAUCCGCAAUAGCGCUAAAAACCAUCGCGGGGGCGAUACCGAUCCACAUAUUAGUAGAUGAGAGGGUCAGAAUAUACAAGAGAGUCCAAACUGAUAGAGGGAGAAACACAAUUAACAAAAUAAAGAACGAGGAAAGAAAAAUCAGCUUGGACAAAUGGCAGCGAGAAUGGCAAGAGGGUGCCAAGGCCGAGUAG